UUUCACAAAGAAUGACGUGUCCUAUAAGAGCACGGGUCAGUAUCAGAAGAAGCAAGUAUCUGUGAGUGUGACAUAUCCCAAUCUCUAUUUCUGCACAGUCGAAUUGUUGCGUUACAUCCAUCGUCAGUAUGCAUAGUCCAAUAAUGUAUUUUGAGUCUUUUUAUACAGUGGUUUGCAUAUAUGUUAUGAUGGAAGAGGUAACAAUAAUAUACUCUGAAUCUUCGCAGCUAUUUGAAUGCAGUAACAUGAAAUAUAGAGUACAAUCUGAAGGAGAAGGGUAUAAUCUGAAGGAGAAGGGUACAAUCUGUCAAUCAAAACAACAUGAAAAGAUCAAUGACCUGCGAGAGAGAGGAUAUAGAACAUGGAUGUCAAUAUUACCGAAGAAGAUGCCGUAUAAGGUCCCCUGUUGCAACGAAAUUUUUUACUGUUGUCAUUGUUAUAGUGAGACAAAGGAUGAUAUCGGAUUGUUCCGAAGCUUAAGACAUGACAUUACCACAUCAUCAAAUUAAACAGGUAUGCUUAUUAAGUUAUUAUAUAAAAAUUGUUGAAUAUUUAUUAUUUUGAAUAAAUGACUAUUUGUAUCCAUAAAAAAUAAAAAUA